AUGGCCCGGGCGGAGGCAGAGGCGGUGCGAGCCAUGCAGGCAGCCGAGGAGGAGGCUAAGCUCAUGGAAGCCAUGGGCAAGGCUGCCGCCGCCCUACAGGAAAGGGCCCGGCAGCUGCUGCCGGGGGUGGUGCAGCGCACGGCUGCGGGCGCGGGGGGUGACGAUGGCCAGGGGGAGCCCGAGGAGCAGCUUCAGAAGACCUUCAUGGACAUGUCCAGAUCCAGGGAGGUCUUCAAGCACUUCGCGGACGGCGGCGAGUUGAACCGCGACGCGCUGAAGGAAGCCCUGCAAAUGCUGGGCCACGACACCGUGAACGAGGAGUGGGUGGACGCCAUCAUCAAGGACAAGUUCUCGGACCGCUCCUUCCUGGAUCAGUAUGACUUCAGCAAGUUCUUGGCGGAGUACGAAGCGUGCCACAUGGACUAUGUGAGAAUGCGCUUCACAGAGGCCGAUGUCGACAGCUCCGGCAAGGUCGAUGCACAGGAGCUUGCGCAGGUGCUGCGGAAAGCUGGCAUGACCCCAGUGACAGGAGUGGUGCCCCAGCUUAUUGCAGAGGUCUGCGGUCCGCGUGUGACCGAGGUGAACUUCAUGAACUUCGCAAAGAUCCUGGGCAUCCUCCGCUAUCGGCUGGGCUUUACACAGGAAGAGUAUUCAGACAUCGCAACGUCCUUCAAGCGCCUGGACCGCCCGCUGCCAAGUUCCAGAAAUUUGGGGUCGGCCUGUAGGAUAUCGAGCGUUUUGGGCUAG